UCCAAAGCCUCUGCCAUUUAUACACCCAUAUACAAAUUUUCUCAAUACUUUCAUUGGGAUAAUUUUCUCUCAUCUUAUAAUUCCUUUCACUUCUCUUCCUCCAUACACCAGAACCUUAAAAUGAACGACUUGUUCUCGGGCUCCUUCACCCGCAACGGCGACCAAGCCUCGCCGGACCACCACCACCACCACGUGGUCGAGAUGGCGGCGGUGGAGGGCGGCGUGAACCUGGAGAAGUUCUUUGAGGAAGUUGAGCCGGUAAAAGCAGAGUUGAAAGAGCUAGAGCGUCUCCAUGAGAACUUGCGCGGUUCCCACGAAAAAAGCAAGACACUUCACAGUGCUAACGCUGUGAAAGAGCUUCGCUCGCGCAUGGACGCUGACGUAUCACUGGCUUUAAAGAAAGCCAAGCUCAUCAAGGUCCGGCUCGAAGCGCUGGACAAGUCCAACCAGACAAACCGAAACCUGCCCGGUUCUGGACCGGGUUCUUCCUCGGACCGAACCAGAACAUCUGUGGUGAACGGAUUGAGGAAGAAUCUGAAAGACUCCAUGGACAACUUCAAUAACCUUAGACAACUGAUAUCGACGGAGUACAGAGAAACCGUGCAGCGGAGGUAUUAUACUGUUACCGGAGAGAACCCCGAUGACAAAACCAUCGACCUUCUCAUUUCUACAGGUGAGAGUGAAACAUUUUUGCAGAAAGCGAUUCAGCAGCAAGGUAGAGCGAGCGUGAUGGAGACGAUUCAAGAGAUUCAAGAGAGGCACGACACGGUGAAAGAGAUAGAGCGAAACCUGAAGGAGCUGCACCAGGUGUUCCUAGACAUGGCUGUGUUGGUGCAGUCCCAGGGAGAGCAAUUGGACGACAUAGAGAGCCAUGUAGCACGUGCCAACUCGUACGUGAGAGGUGGGGUCCAGCAACUCCAAGUAGCAAGGAAGCACCAGAAAAACACCCGAAAGUGGACCUGCUACGCCAUCAUUCUGCUCAUUAUUAUCAUCUUGAUCAUAGUUCUCCCCAUAGUUUUAAGAAAUUGAUUAAUAUUAUUUAUUAUUAUUCCUCCUUCCAGUGGUGGCUGCCAAGAACGUGGACUGGUUCAAACAUCAUUGUUGUUAUGUUAUUAUAGUCAAGUCUUGUGUAAUGUUUUUGGUCAUUUUUUCUAAAUUUUCCACGUUGGACCGGUACCUGUUUGAAGAAGUUUUGGUUCGGUUUCUAGAAGGCAGGAAGAGAAUUCGCAGAAGCAGUUUUAUGGAGGUGGUAUAUUCUUUUGCAUGCAUGUAUAAAUUACCUGGUUAUUUGUAAAUUUAGGUAGCUUCAUAUGAGUGAAGUACUAUAGUGAUUGUUUUGUUUGUUUAUUUGUACAUAAGAGUUGUACCAUUAUUCAUAUCAUCUUUCUAUCU